AAGUCAUUACUAUAUUUUUCUAACAUCAUAGUCUCGAGAGACCUAAGUAUUGACCCAAAUUAUUCAGAUACAGAAACUAAAAAAUCUUUCUCUUUGUUUAACCUUUGUAUGUCCAUGUUUGUGGUAGAGCAAUGAAGAAAUGUGAGUUGUGCAGUUCAAUUGCAAGAGUUUACUGUGAAUCAGAUCAAGCCAGUCUUUGUUGGGAUUGUGAUGCGAGAGUUCACACAGCCAAUUUCCUUGUGGCUAAGCAUUCAAGAAUCCUUCUUUGCAAUUCUUGCCAAUCACUUACCCCAUGGACUGGCACUGGCUCUAAGCUUGGUCCUACUGUUUCAGUAUGCCAGACAUGUUUUCACAGAAAUAAUAAUGAUGGGGCACAACAUCAACAUCACAGUAAUCUUGAUGAUCAUAAUAAUGAUACGGAAGAUGAUGAAGAUGAGGAUGAGGAUGAGGAUGACGACGAUUAUAAUGACGAUGAUGGAAGCAGUGAUGGUGAUAAUCAAGUUGUUCCUUUGUCUUCUUCGACUACAGAUCAACCUCAUCCUCCAUCAUUGACGUCAAGUUCUUCAAGUAGUGAAGAAUCCACUAGCAGAUUUUACAGGAGAAGAGUGUUUGGUGUCUCCAAUUCAAGUAUUGAUUUUUGCACCUAACAGAAAUGAGGAAAAUGUUCGAUCCCAUUAUUGUGUGAAGUGUUAUGUUUUGUUUUGCAUUUUCAGGGCAUUGCAAGACCAAAAGAGAAGGUAAAAGGAGCUAUUGGGCAUGGAGAUAAUUAUAUAUUGGGAUUAAAAAACUAAUUCUGUUAUCUGAUUGAUGAAGGAAAGAAUAUUGGAAAGUGAUGAUCACAAUGUAUGAAUAAUUCUUGAAGGGUUGUAAAUGACAUGUGAGGUAGCUAGUCUUUCUUGUUCCUAUUUGCUAUUUGACAUCAAUAUUCCUGGAGUUCUUACUUGGAAUUUUAUGAUGAUUUCUUACAA